AUGUAUAGCCCAGGCUUAGUAGCCCUCGCGGCUCUCGUUUGCUCCGCCAAUGCCCAGGUAGCCGGUUGGGGACAGUGUGGCGGGCAAGGAUACUCGGGAAGCACCUCGUGCACGUCGGGCUUUGCGUGUACUUCACAAAAUCCCUGGUACUACCAGUGUCUUCCAGGAACAGCAGCGGCAACAUCGUCAACAACAACUGCCAAAACAUCCGCUGUGACCACGACGACCAAGGCUCCUGGCACAUCAACAACUCUGAAGACGACUACUGCCACUCAGACCGCAACGAAGACCUCUGCUACCUCCGGAGGGGCUACUUGUACAGGCACAUUCAGUGCCAUCUCAGCCAAAGACUAUGUUGACCAAUUACAUCCCGGCUGGAAUCUGGGUAACACCCUCGACGCUAUCCCCAAUGAAGGCUCUUGGAACAACCCUCCAGUGGUGGCUUCCACUUUCGACUACGUGAAAAAGGCUGGAUUCAGAAGUGUUCGUAUUCCAGUCACCUACACAAAUCACUUCACUGGUAGCUCACCAGAUUGGACCGUCGAUCCUGCAUGGUUGAGCCGGGUCUCCGACGUUGUUGACAUGGUCACCUCUUUGGGCUUGUACGUCAUUGUGAAUGUUCACCAUGGUAAGAAAAUCGCCCGCGCGCUAGAAUCACGGCGGUUUUGCUUCCCCCAAAUACUCACAGUGAUCUCAGAUUCUACAAGCUGGGCCGAUGUCACCGCCCCCGGUGCCAAUUUGACCAUGAUCGAGGAGAAGUUCUAUCGGCUGUGGUACCAGGCUGGCACUAAACUCGCUUGCAAGUCCAGUCUGGUUUCGUUCGAGCCCAUCAACGAGCCUCCUUGCAACAACGCUGCCGAUGCCGCGGAAAUCAACAAGCUUAACAAGAUCUUCCUUCAGGCAAUCAAUGACGCCGGGGGCUUCAACUCGAAAAGAGUUGUGACUCUGGUGGGUGGUGGCGAAGACAGCGUGAAGACCUCGCAAUGGUUCGAAGCCCCGGUGGGCUUCUCGAACCCUUGGGCCCUUCAAUUCCACUACUACAGUCCUUACGACUUCAUCUUCAGUGCAUGGGGCAAAACAAUUUGGGGAUCCGACGCCGACAAGGCUGCCAUCACAUCCGACUUGACUCUGAUGCGGAACAACUUCACCGAUGUGCCAAUCCUCGUUGGUGAAUUUGACGCAUCCCCAACCAACACCGAGGCUGCUGCCCGUUGGAAGUGGACUGACCACUUCGUACGCACCGCCCGCAGCCUCGGCUUCGCCUUGGUUCUCUGGGACAACGGUCUCGAUCAAUUGGACCGCAGCGCCGGAACAUUCCGUGAUCCUAACUCGAUCUCCAUCAUCAACAAGUCUCAAGCUUCGACCGCCAACAGCCUGCCGGACAGCACCGUAGACGCGUCGGCCACGUCUCAAUCUUCCUCUGCCUUCAUUUACCAUCAAUAUGGAACACCAGUGACAGAUCAGAGCCUCCCCUUCAUUUUCAACGGAAACACGUUGACCUCUAUCAGCGAUUCAACAGGCGCCACUUUGACUGCUGGCACUGAUUACUCCGUGUCGGGAUCUAACAUUGUCUUUUCCAAGGCCUAUCUUUCCAAGCAUCUCACCGCCACUACUGCGCCCGGCGUGAUCGCAAGUCUCACGUUGACUUUCUCUGGCGGUGCUUCCACUCCACUGGUGCAGCUCGUUCAAUGGAAGCCGCCAACAUUGUCUUCGACCUCUGCAGCUGCUUCUUCCGUAUCCGGUUCCGAUUUAAGCAUCCCCAUCACUUGGGGUGGACUGCCUCGCCUGGCCGCUGUGAAGGCCUUGACGACCACCGGCACAUACCUCGUUGACAGCUGGACGCAAUAUCUUGGUCCACUGCAGCAGGCUCGAGCAACCUAUAACAGUCAAUUCAACUGGGACAGCUCCCACGUGAUCAUCACCUCUUCGGCAAUCAGUUCCGUCAUCGCCGCUGGAACUUCCACAGUUUUCACUUUUGAAUUCUAUCCGCGGGUGGCCGGUGGUGUCAACACUGCCAACUUCACGUUGACUGUCUAA